GUGGACCCCGGGGGGCUUUUGGGGAGCCUCGCCCCCGCCGGCAUGGAGAGGCCGUACCAGCGGCUCGUUCCCCGCAGCACCGGCACCCCGAUGAAGGUGGAGAUGUUGGUCCACCAGGGCCACAGCCAGUCCAGUGCCAUCCCAGGGCCGGUGGUGGCCAAGGCCGAGGUGGAGAGGUGGUUCACGGCCCCGGGCGUGCGGAGGAUCCGGCUGAAGGAGGGAGGCGUACGGGGCUCCCUCUUCCUGCCGCCGGGGGAUGGCCCUUUUCCAGGAGUGAUUGACAUGUACGGUGAUGAAGGAGGUUUGAUUGAAUUUAGAUCCAGUCUCCUGGCUACCCGUGGUUUUGCUGCACUUUCUCUGCCAUAUUUUGACUUUGAAGAUCUGCCUAAGGUCAUGAAAGAAUUCAAACUCGAGUACUUUGAGGAGGCAGCUAGAUUCCUACAGCGUCACCCGAAGGUGAAGGGACCAGGAGUUGGAGUGAUUGGGACUGGGAAAGGGGCAGAAUUAGCACUCUCCAUGAUCACCUUCCUGCCAGAAGUAGUGGCUGCUGUCAGUAUCUCCGGCUGUAGUUCAAACACAGUAGCAGACCUCCAUUAUGGCGAGAUGACUCUGCCUGGGCUGCGUUUUGAUAUGAAUAAGGUCAGUGUUUCUGACGCUGGUGUAUUUGACACUUUUGAAGCUCUGGAUGACCCAACGAAUCCUGCUAAUUCUCCUUCCACGAUCCCCAUUGAAAAAGCAGAAGGUCACUUUCUCUUAGUGGUAGGGGAAGAUGAUCGUAUGUGGAAGAGCUCCUUAUAUGCUGAGCUGGCAAUCGGGCGUCUGCGCCAGCACGGGAAAGAAAACUUUGAACUCUUGAGUUACCCAGGAGCAGGUCACAGAAUUGAUCCUCCUUCUACUCCAUUCUGUCAGGUAGCUAUGGAUCGUGUUCUGGGGGUGCCUGUUCUUGGGGGUGGAGAGAGCAAAGCACAUGCCCAUGCACAGGAACACUCCUGGGGAAAGAUUCAGGAGUUUCUGCACUUGCAUUUGGGAUGAACACUUAAGCACCUGCAAGCUGUUGCAGAACUGCAGAGGACUGAGCUUGAGCCACCAAAAUGACUGGUGAAUUGGAGGGACCGACUGAGAAAAGCUUUGAAAUAUGAAAUAACCAAAUGACUACUUAGCUACAAGUAUAAAUCCAAAAAGAAAGGGGCUUAGUUGGACUAGCCUAAGUUAUUUCAACUAGGAACACAGA